CAAAUGACGAGUCAGCUGUCAAAUUCCGAGUGUUUUGAUGUAAAAUGAAGCAAAAACAAAGCGAUAUUUUGUGUUUUUUACUGUGUUGUAUAUCCACAGUUUUGUGUUUGGAGAAAGAAAUAACCUUCAAUGUGGAUCCAGGGAAGGAAGAUUGCUUUUUCCAAAGAGCCAAAAAAGGCGACGUUAUAGACGUUGACUAUCAAGUUAUAGACGGAGGGCACGGCGAUUUGGACAUAACCUUUCAUUUGGUGGAUCCAACAGGAAGGAUACUGGUAGCCGAUUACAAAAAAUCAGAAAACACGCACCGUGCAGACGCCUCUAUGGACGGAGACUACAAAUUCUGCUUCGAUAACACUUUCAGUGGAUAUAACUCCAAAGCGAUAUUCUUUGAGUUCAUAAUCGAAGGUGAAGACGAUUAUCCUGAUUCUACAAUCGAAGGCUUGCAACCUGAAGAUGUUUACGAUAUUACUGUGCAAGACAUACAAGAAAUGUUGAACACAGUUAAAACCCACGUCACGAAAGUUAGACAUUUACAGGAUUUAAUAAAAUCCAGUGAGGCUCGCGACAGAAAUGUGGCUGAGGAGAACUUUUUCAAGGUUAACACCUUUUCUUUCGUGCAAAUUGGGGUUAUGUGUCUUGUAGGGUUCGUUCAGGUUGUUUUAUUGAGAAGUUUAUUUGAUGAAAAGUCUAGAGCACACAAUUUAUGGCGGAAACUUAGUACUAGGUAAUAUUUAAUAAAUGGUGUAAGGAUUUUAAAUUGCAUUUAUCGGUUAUAAAUUAUAACCUGGAAACAGUAGAUGCAAUUUAAAACCUGAUUUUAUGGAAUAGUUUUAAAUUAUAAAAUUAUAUAAAAUAUGUUAAAUAUCUUAUAUCUUAAAUUGUAAAUAUUUAAUAGGAUGUUUGGGUAUUUUUUUGUAAAAAUUCUUGCCAUACUUAAAGACCAUAUCAAAUCAGCACAAUAAAGCCAAAUGUAAAAUAAUUUGUACUUUUAUAGUAUUUAUAAUUGACUGAUGUUGCUAGUCAUUGAUUAUUUAAAAUAUAAAAAAUAGAUGAUUUUUUAA